AUGGAUGGGGGCGCACAUCAGCUAGGACGACGCGCCCGCCGGACCCUCCACCUCCUUUCCCGCACGGGAGACAGAGCAGCCACCCGCCGCAAUACUGGCAGCGCGCACGGUCCUCUCGGCCCGAUCGGGGCCCGUGGCCAGUGCCCAGCGCCCAGCGCCCGGCGGGGAACAACCUCCCUACUGUUCCUGCAAGGAGCGCGUGCCAGCUGCCGGGCCACAACGGAUCCGGGUGUCAGGGUCGGAUCGGGUGAGCGCGCAGGCGAGUGCUGGCAGCCAGCCCCGCUUCUAGCCGGAACCUGGACCCGCCCCGCGACCCUGCCCCUCUCCCGAGGCCUCGCCCCCAGGCGGCCCCGCCCCUCCCCGGCCCUCGGGGCCGCCUCCCGUGCUGCCGCGGGCACCCACUCUCGCGCCGGACUCGCGCCCGGUCCCCGCGCCGCAGCCAUGCGUCCCGGAGCGCCGCGAGCGGCCGCGCUGCCAUUCGUUGCUCUGGGCGCGCUUCUGUGGUCCUCCGCGGGCGCCUGGAAGCUCACCAUUCUGCACACCAAUGACGUGCACAGCCGCCUGGAGCAGACCAACGAGGACUCGGGCAAGUGUGUCAACGCCAGCCUCUGCGUGGGCGGCGUGGCCCGGCUCUUCACCAAGGUGAAGCAGGUCCGCAACUCCGAGCCCAAUGUGCUGCUGCUAGACGCCGGCGACCAGUAUCAGGGCACCAUCUGGUUCACGGUGUACAAGGGCGCCGAGGUGGUGCACUUCAUGAACGCCCUGUCCUACGAUGCCAUGGCCCUGGGAAACCAUGAAUUCGAUAAUGGUGUAGAAGGACUGAUGGAUCCUCUCCUUAGAGGUGUGAAAUUUCCAAUUCUGAGUGCGAACAUUAAGGCAAAAGGGCCGUUAGCAUCUCAAAUCUCUGGUCUCUAUUUUCCAUACAAAAUUCUUAACGUUGGUCAUGAAGCUGUGGGAAUAGUUGGAUACACUUCAAGAGAGACCCCUUUUCUCUCAAAUCCAGGAACGAAUUUAGUGUUUGAAGAUGAAAUCACUACAGUGCAACAGGAAGUGGAUAAGCUAAAAGCUCUAAAUGUGACCAAAAUUAUUGCACUGGGACACUCUGGCUUUGAAAUGGAUAAACUCAUUGCUCAGAAAGUGAGAGGCGUGGAUGUGGUGGUAGGAGGGCACUCCAACACGUUUCUGUAUACAGGUAACUCUCUCAUUAAGACUAUGCAACCAGGACCACUACAUGGGUUACUUUGUCUCUUUUGCCUUAGCAACAGUUAUUUUGUUACUGUUCUUCAAUAUAUACUGAAUGUCAACAUGUGCAAAUCUUACAAAAAGGAGACGUACCAGAUGAAACGGGCUGUGAAGAAGCUCUACGACACUGAUGUAGCCAAGGUCAACCCCCUGAUCAGGCCUGACAGAGAGAAAAAGGCCUGUCCUGUUGAAAACAGCCUCAGGGGGAAACAGAGGCACGUCAAGGGACACUGGGGCAGAAACCAUGGCGGACGGACGGCGGCUGGGACCAGGCUAGUGGCUCAGCGUCUGCCGGAGUGCGAGAAGCUGGCCGAGGAAGGAAGACGUCAAGGAGGCAUUGAGACCUCGUCUCCUCGGAAAAGCACACCCGCGCGGCCUCAGACAUGGUGGCUCCAGCCCGGCUCGUCGUGGCAGUAUCAGCAGUCAGAUUUGGUUCCCCGAGCGAGUGCUGACAAGAAGUUAGAAGAAAUCCCCAAGCUCAAGGGUCUUCUGAAGCUUUUUCCCACCAUGGAGUUGAUGCCCUGGACCACACUUGUGGAGGACUAUGGCGUGGACUUAAGAAAGGCUCUUGCGAGAGUCCAGCAAUUGAUGCUUUUAGCUCCGCAGAGGAAGGUGGUGCAAGAAUGUACCAUUUUUUAUUGUCUGACUAAAAAAAAAUGUGUCAUAACGUACCCAAAUCCAGCCAUUAAAGCAGACAUUAACAAAUGGAGGAUAAAAUUAGAUAAUUAUUCUGCUCAGGAACUGGGACGAACAAUUGUCUAUUUGGAUGGGUCCACUCAGUCAUGCCGUUUCAGAGAAUGCAACAUGGGCAACUUGAUUUGUGAUGCGAUGAUUAACAACAACCUCAGGCACCCAGAUGAGAUGACCUGGAACCACGUGUCCAUGUGCAUUGUCAAUGGAGGCAGCAUCCGGUCGCCCAUUGAUGAGCGGAACAACGGCACAAUUACCUGGGAGAACUUGGCUGCUGUAUUGCCCUUUGGAGGCACCUUUGACCUGGUCCAAUUAAAAGGCUCUACCCUGAAGAAGGCCUUUGAGCACAGUGUCCAUCGCCACGGCCAGUCUACUGGAGAGUUCCUGCAGGUGGGCGGGAUCCACGUGGUGUAUGACCUUACCCAGAAUCCUGGGAACAGAGUGGUCAGCAUAGAGGUUCUUUGCACCAAGUGCCGAGUACCCACUUAUGAGCCCCUCAAAAUGGAUGAGGUGUACAAGGUGGUCCUCCCAAGCUUCCUUGCCAAUGGCGGAGAUUCAUUCCAGAUGAUAAAAAAUGAACUACUAAAACAUGACUCAGGUGACCAAGAUAUCAGCGUGGUUUCUGAAUACAUCUUCAAAAUGAAAGUAGUUUAUCCAGCAGUUGAAGGUCGGAUCAAGUUUUCUGCAGGAAGUUACUGCCGAGGAAGCCUUUUUCUCAUCUCUCUCUCACUUUUGGCAGUGUACCUCACUUUACACCAAUAGUCAAGAUUUCUUCCUGCCAUUACUGCAUGAAGCUACCUUCCCCCCCCUCCCCCCCACAUGAAGUCCAAGUGUUUAUCUUCAGGGCUUGACUUUGUGACGGCACAGAACAUCAGUGCUGGCGCCCAGAAGCGCAAGUUUACAAUGUUGUGAAAAGAAGAAACUGACAUUAUCAAGGUCGACAAGUGAGACAGAAAGGAUCAAGAAAAAAAGUCAAAUGUAAAACUAAAUAUCAAGACUGGUUAUAAUCUAUCAAACAACUUCUGUUUACAUAGAACUUUAUAAUUUACAAGGGAUUUUUAAGCACACUGAAGCCACAGCUUACUUUGGUAGAUAAAGCCAAAAAUCAAAACCAAAUCCACUGCCAUCGAGUUGAUUCCCAACUCAGAAACCCUAUACGACAGAGUAGAA